UAAUUUUCCAAAAUGAAACUUGAAGGCAAAGUUGCGUUUGUUACAGGAGGAUGUUCAGGCCUAGGUUAUGCAACUGUACAGAUGUUGGUGCAGCAUGGAGUGAAGGUAGGCAUAGCGGAUUUACAAGAGGAGAGAGGUGAGCAGAUUGUGAAGGAAUUUGGAGGUGAUAAAGUGGUUUUUGUUAAAACUGACGUCACUGAUAGUGAGCAAGUGAAGAAAGCUGUAGAGACUACUUAUGAUACAUUUGGAGCACUUCAUAUUACUUUGAACUCAGCAGGUGUUUCUGGGCUGUCUUAUUCAUUGACAAAGACCAGAUUUUUGGACUUUCAGCUACAUAAAUUUAUUAUGGACAUCAAUGUUAAUGGCACCAUUUAUUCUUCUGCUUACUCAGCCAAAUAUAUGUCCAAAAAUAAGCCUUUAAAUAAUAAAGGGGAGAGAGGUGUUAUUAUCAAUUGCUCAAGUCUUCUUGGAACUUAUGCUCCUAGAGGAAUGGUCUCUUAUGGAUGCUCUAAAGGGGCUAUUAAUGGGAUGACAGUUCCAAUGGCUAGAGAUCUUGGUAAGUUUGGAAUUAGGGUACUCAAUAUUGCUCCUACUCUUGUCGAAACUGAGAUGACAUCUGCUUCUGGAGAAGAUAUUUUUGAGCUCUUCAAAAAGGUCCAUCCAUUAAAAAGAGUAGGCCAGCCAGACGAGUUUUCCCAUCUUGUAAAAGCAUGCAUCAUGAAUGCAUAUCUCAACGGAGUGAGUCUUAAAUUAACAGGAGGUGACAUCCCAGCAUACAGAUAAACCCUCCCUAACUCCUAAAUCACCCCUAUGCCUCCCAUCCUCAUCA